GAUCCCUGAUUGGUUAUGGGUUCGUCCGGAAUAAACACUCUCAGAGUAUAUAUAUAUUCUGGAAGGUGUGACAGUUCCAAGAAACGAGAAGCCUGAGCAGUUCCAAGUUUCCAACAACUUACGCAAAUAGAUUCAUUUGUGUUGAGCGCCAAGUGCCCCAGUACAUAUCCGCUAUUAGCCUAUCGCUGCUUGAGAAUGAGGGCACAAAUCCAAAAGGUACCACAGAUAGCCGAAUUGUUAAAAAAGAACACGGUUUGGUUGCAGCACUUCAAGCCAACAUCUUCAGUGUGCGCCCUGGACCCGAAGGAUGCUGCGGUGGUUGAGCCUUGUCGACAAAGUCUUCCCUCGCAAACUCAGAGCAUUGAUUCGAUACCUGGACCCACCAAUUGGCCCUUAUUUGGCAGUUUGAUAGAACUACUCCGCAAAGGAGGGCUGCAAAGACAACAUGAUGCAUUGAUUGAUUACCAUAAGAAAUUCGGCAAGAUUUUCCGGAUGAAACUCGGCUCCUUUGAAUCGGUCCACAUUGGCGCACCUUGCUUGCUGGAAACGCUCUACAGAAAGGAGAGCGUUUACCCGCAGCGUCUGGAGAUUAAACCCUGGAAAGCAUACCGAGACUUCAGAGACGAGGCAUAUGGACUUCUUAUUCUGGAAGGGAAAGACUGGCAGAGGGUGAGAAGCGCAUUUCAGCAGAAAUUGAUGAAACCCACCGAAGUCGCGAAACUUGAUGGAAAAAUAAAUCAGGUGUUGGCGGAUUUCGUUAGUAGAAUUGGACAAGUGACUGACAAUGGACGAUUUGAGGACUUGUACUUCGAAUUGAAUAAAUGGUCGAUGGAGACCAUUUGUUUAGUGCUCUAUGACAAAAGAUUCGGACUUCUGCAUGACAACGUCAACGAGGAAGCAAUGACCUUUAUCAUGUCCAUAAAAACAAUGAUGAGCACAUUUGGCAUGAUGAUGGUCACGCCAGUGAAGCUCCACAAAAAACUGAACACCAAAACGUGGCAGGCCCACACUAUGGCAUGGGACCGUAUAUUCAGCACAGCCAAAGUCUACAUAGACAAGAAGAUAAAGCGCCACACAGAGGCAACGGGGCCCAGUGACGACUUUCUGUGUGACAUCUACCGCCACAGUCACCUGUCCAAGAAGGAGCUGUACGCCGCCAUCACAGAGCUCCAGAUUGGAGGAGUGGAGACGACUGCCAACAGCUUGCUGUGGGCUAUUUUCAACCUCUCCCGUAACCCAUGCGCUCAGGGGAAGCUGCUCCAGGAAAUUAGAGAGGUUCUUCCUGCCAAUCAGACUCCCAGCGCUGAGCACCUCCAGAGAAUGCCCUACCUCAAGGCCUGCCUCAAGGAGUCCAUGAGGUUAUCGCCAUCAGUUCCCUUCACGAGUCGGACCUUAGACAAAGACACUGUGUUGGGGGAUUACUCCAUUCCCAAGGGGACAGUGUUGAUGAUCAACAGCCAUGCUCUCGGUGCCAAUGAGGAGUACUUUGAGCACAGUAGCCUAUUUAAGCCAGAGCGUUGGUUAAGAGAAAGCAGACCCAUCAACCCCUUUGCCCAUGUGCCGUUUGGCAUUGGGAAGAGGAUGUGCAUCGGGCGGCGUCUGGCAGAGCUACAGCUGCAGUUGGCACUCUGCUGGGUGGUCAGAGAUUAUGAAGUUGUGGCGACAGAUUGUGAACCAGUUGAUGCUAUCCAUUCCGGGUUGCUAGUUCCCAACCGUGAGCUCCCUGUGACUUUCAUCAGACGAUGAGAUCAAAUACAGACCAUUUGGACUUCACAACAGGGAGGUGAUAGUUCUGGGCCUGAACGUCCCGAGAGACUCCACGUAUUGCUGCUCUGUAAAUAAGAACUAUAUCAGAUAUAAAUAUAUAUUUAUGUAAUCCUGUCCAAUAUACCUCAAACUAACAUAAAUAUAUUUAAACUAUUAAAUAUGACAGUUAGUCUACGUGUUGAUCACUAUGUCACUUGUGCUAUACUGCCCACUAAUCUUAAACAACUAUUAUGUCAAAUAUAUUAAUGAACUGAUGACUUUUGUAUACGUUGUGAUCUUAUGGUAAAUUAUAUACAU